UCUUUCAUUCCUUCCUUCUUUUUAUUGCUUCUUUUCCAGAUCCACCUAAAAUUGAAUUUUGAAAAACAGCGAAGAAAGAAGCCCUACGCCCCAAACCUCUUUCUCCUUAGUCCCUCACCUCGCAACCACUGCUGCUCGAAACCGUCUCGACGUUCUUUCAAGUCACUUCGCCGGCGCCAUCUCCCCCUCUGCUUCGAUUGGUCGUAGACAAAAACGAAUGGAUUCAUCACAAAGUGCAGCUGUUGGGGGCAAUGGUGGGACUAGUGGCAAUGGGACAUUGAUCUCUCAAUCUAAUGACACUGCAGCUUCUGCAGUAGGAGCUGAUGAUUCUAUGCAAAAGUUGAGCCAAGUCAGUGACUCCAUUCAGAAAACCUUGGGCCUCAUCCAUCAGCUUUAUCUUACGGUAUCUACUUACAAUGCUGCUUUUCAAAUGCCUCUCCUCCAACGCAUCAAUGGUCUUGUUGCAGAGCUUGACAACAUGGUUAAAUUGGCUGAGAAGUGCAACAUUCAAAUUCCUAUGGAGGUGGUGAAUUUAAUUGAUGAUGGGAAGAAUCCAGACGAAUUUACCAAAGACGUUUUAAACAAUUGCAUUGCAAAGAAUCAGAUCACCAAAGGAAAGACUGAUGCUUUGAAGAGUUUUCGCAAGAAUCUUUUGGAGGAAUUGGAGCAGAACUUCCCUGCCGAGGUUGAAACUUUUAGGGAGAGUCGUGCUGCUUCUGCUGCGGAAUUGAAACGUCCAGCUCAAGCACAGAGUGCACUAGCCAAUGGAGAUGUGAGAGUUAAAACAGAGCAUUGACAUUACAAUGCAUUGUAUAUAGUGUAAAAUUGGCGCAGCUUUUUGGCUCUAGCUGAACUUGAACUUGCAACCAUUAUUUGGUCAAAGGAUAUAUGCUUUACCAACUGAGCCUUACCUCCAGAAUGUAUGAAAGUAGUAAAUAAAGAAAAUGAUUUGAUCUAAAUUAGAAAAAAAGGUUACCCAGUGAAGUGAUAUUGAUCUCAUACUGAUUUACAAUUUUUAGUGCAGUUUAAUCAUGCCUUAAUUUAGACUUUGAUGUUACAACGCUACAGUGAAUAGAAUUAUAAUUUACA